AUGAAAGGGAAAGAGGGGAAAGGGAAAACGAGAGGGAAAGGGAAAGCGAGAGGGAAAGGGGAAAGCGAGAGGGAAAGGGAAAGCGAGAGGGAAAGGGACAGCGAGAGGGGAAGAGGAAAACGAGAGGGGAAGGGGGAAAUGAGAGAGGGGGAAAACGAGGGGGAAGGGGAAAGGAAGGAAAUACACAAACAUACACACCACCCACACACAAACUCACAAACACCUACACAAAACAACCACAUACCUAAAGGAAGACGUAAAGAAAAGGGGCCUAAGAAUAAAGAGGACCUAGACAGAGAGAAAACAGAAGUUAAAGAAGGCCUAAAAAAAAGAAGACAGAAGACAAAAAAAAAAAGAUAA